GUCGCCAUGUUCCGCCUCGUUCUCGCUCUGAGCUGGCUCAGACUCGUCUCUUCUUCUUCCUGGUCUGCUCUCAACGACUCCCUCGAUGGCAGCCUGUUCUCCGCUCGUCCCCUUGCCCUCCCCUGCUUCUCCUCCUUCAACAACACCCCCGUCCACCCAGACCCCAGUGCAUGCGCUCUUCUACAACAAAACUAUUCUAAUGCCACCUACAAGUCCUCCCUCUACCCCAACACCAUGCAGCCAGAAUGGGGCACGUGCAUGACCACCCACAGCCAGUGUCUCCUCGACUACACCGACCCCACAAACCCACUUGCCUUUCUCGACGCUUCCUGCGACCAGGGAAGCAUCUCGCCCUACUACAUCGAUGUACGCUCUCCACAAGACGUGCUCACCGCUUUCUCUUUUGCAAACGCUACUGGCAUCCCCCUCUCCAUCAAGAACUCGGGUCACGACUACAAGGGCCGCUCAAACAUCCCCAGCUCUCUCGCUCUAUGGAUGACUUAUAACGCCUCUUUCGUACCGGAAGGCUGUCCCUCCUCGCAGUCGUAUAAUACAAUCACAACAGGCGCCGGAAACAACUUUCAGGAUCUCUACGCUUUCGCCGAUCAGAACAACGUCACCUUGAUCGGUGGAUAUGCACAGACGGUGGGCGCAAGCGGCGGCUGGGUCAUGGGCGGCGGUCACAGCGUUCUCUCUCCUGUGUACGGGCUGGGCAUAGAUCGCGUCCUCCAAUUCCUCGUAGUAACCCCCUCUGGCCUCACCCUCACCGCCAACUCUUGUCAAAACACCGACCUCUUCUGGGCCCUCCGUGGAGGCGGCGGCGGCACCUUUGGCGUUGUCCUCGAGUCCACCCAUAGGGUCGAAGGGAGGCUGUCCAUGCAAGUCGCGUCCCUCAGCAUGAAUGCCACGUCCACAAAUAUGCGCGCCUACUACGAGAUCCUCGUCAACAACUCGAUGCAGUGGGCGUCGGAGGGAUGGGGUGGACAUAUCGUCGACUCCGCCAUUAACUACGUCACUCCCCUACUUUCACUCGCAGAGGCUCAAGCUUCGAUGGAGCCCAUCGCGUCGUACGUCACCUCGCAGGGCGGUAGCGUCGUCAUUGAGACUAUGGACUCGUGGUAUGACUAUUUUGAGAAGUACGUGGUGCCGACUCAGGAGUCCGUCGCCCGACUCCUCGCCAUUGGCUCGCGACUCAUGCCACAGAGCGUCUUCAUUUCCCCCACCCUCUCUUCGCAACUCGUCGACCUCCUACUCACAUUUCCGCUCGUGUACAUCCCCGUCGUCGGGCCUGUGCUGUACAACGAGACGGCUGCGAACGAGACGAGUGCGACACCCGCGUGGAGGGACAGUCUCUGGCACGUAAACACGGGUUUGAUGUGGUACUUCAACACUUCGACGGCGGAUGUGAACGCGAAUUUUGGGCUUGUGCAUAAUUAUACGCUGGCUAUGACGGAGAUUGCGCCUGAUUCGGGGGCUUAUCUCAAUGAAGGCGACGUAUAUCAGUCUGACCACGAGACGGCGUUUUGGGGCGACAACUACUCCGAACUCCUGAGCAUCAAACAGAAAUACGACCCGUGGGGGCUGCUUGAUUGUUGGCAAUGUGUCGGUUGGAAAGGUCAUUCAAACAAGGAUUUCGAGUGCUACUUUCCCUCACCCUAACCGCGCAUUCAAUGAACAUCAAUAUCCCAAUCACUCAACCCGAAAUUUUGACCCGCGACACUCGAUCUCCCCCUCACCCUCAUCAAAGCUUGUCUACGCCACUUUCCGACACCACUUUUCGUUCGUUUUGUUCGUCGCGUCCUUUUCGUUCUUGGGCUUUUCCCACUUGGAACUAGAUGAAUCAAUUCAAUCCUAAUUCAACCUCACUGUACUGGGCCUUCUCUCGAUGUUUUUUUUAUUGACGUUUUUGGUUUUGAGAACGAGGAAAGGAGAAGAGGAGGAGGAGGAGGAGGAGGAGGAGGAGGAGAGGAAGAGAACGACAUCAUUAUUUAUUUAUUUACUUACUACCCCCCCCAAUCUGCGACUACAUAUCUCCAAUCCAUAAUACCAUGCUCACCC